GGAGCGUCAACCAACCUUGGCGCCUGAGAAGCCUGAACUUAACCCUUGACGGCUUCUUUGUUAACGAACUUCGACAAUUCCUACGCUCUGUGCCUUGGUCUAGUUCCUUCGUAGGAUAUACUCUUUGAAGAGGCUCUAGGAUGGCAUAUCAAUCUCCUCUCAUAUCUAUCCCGAAGAAGGGAACGGAGGAGGUAGACUGGACGACACCAAUACGGAGUGCGAUAGGUCAAUCGUAUGGAGAAGACCCAGACAAUUAUGCCUCUGAAUGUGCUGCUCUACAGCGGUGUAGACAAGAUGCCGUACGAGGUGCUGGAAGUGAUACAACAGCUCGCGAUCUCCUGUACAAAUAUUUUGGACAACUAGAGCUACUAGAGCUCAGAUUUCCCGAGAUACGAGUCAACUUCCCGUGGCGAGAUGCGUUCACUGCGAAGCUCAUCGUCCAGACCUCUCUUGCCUACGAGAAAGCAUCUAUCAUAUUCCAAAUCGCAGCCACACACGCCGCCAUCGCCGCCUCUCAAUCCCGCUCGGAUCCCGAAGGUCUCAAGCGUGCAUUCUAUUACCUCAAGUGCAGCGCCGGAAUGCUCACUUAUAUCAACGAGAACUUUCUCCAUGCGCCAUCGACGGAUCUCAGUCGGGAAGUCAUCAAGUUCCUCGUCGGGAUCAUCCUAGCACAGGCGACGGAAGUGUUCUGGGAGAAAUGCAGGGACGAGAAGAAAGGAAACGCGUUGAUGUCUAAGAUUGCGUCGCAGGCUUCGACAAUGUAUAAUGGGUUGACGGAGGAGGUGAAGGAGUUCAUGGGCAAGGGUAUCUUUGACCGGAAUUGGGUCACAGUCAUCCAAUCUAAAGCGAAACACUUCACGUCUAUAAUGCAUUACUAUCGCGGUCUCGCAGACGCAGCUGCCGGCAAACACGGCGAAGCCCUCGUCCGCUUUAACCUCGCUGAAUCCCUGGCCAAAGAGGCGAACCGCACUGCGAGCUCUUUCGCCUCUAUAUUCCUUCCACCAAUGUCUCCCAACCUUCCGCCUGAUGCUGGCACCACUCUGCUCGACCUCACCAAAGCCCACCUUGCUCUCUGCUCCGAACGACGCGCCGAAGCCCAGCGCGAGAACGAUAUGAUCUAUAACGCAGUACUCCCCGCCCCGGAGACCUUACCCGCCGUAGACAAGUUGGCUGUCGCGGAGGCAAUACCUAUCCAAGAGGUUUACGGGACACCCGAGGUGCAGAAGGUCAUCGGGAGUGACCUGUUUAUCAGGCUUAUCCCGUUGAGCGUGCAUGAAUCUGCGAGUGUCUACUCAGAGGAGAAAGCGAAGCUUGUCAGAGGUGAGGUGGAGAAAGCGGAGGAGGUAGCAGCGGAAAUGAGAAGUGUGAUCGAUUCGCUGGGCGUGAAGGCUGGUUUGGGCAGGUUCAAGGCUAUGGUAGAGGGUGGCGUAACCGGAGAAGACGAGAUUCCGCCGGACGUGAGGAGAUUCAGGGAGGAUAUUGCCCUGAUUGAAGAGCGGGAGAGCGUCGACGUCUUGAUGGAGAGGUUGACAAAGGUGCGACAGGAUGUGCAGAAGGAACUGGAGAGCGUCGAACGGGAGCUCGAGAUCGAGUCGAAGGAUUGUGAGGCUAUGAGGGUCAAGUAUGAUCAUCUCUUCACACAGGCGCCUAGUGCUGGGUACACCAAGAGCUUUAGAGCGGAUUUGAAGAGCCAUUGGCAGGCUUGGACUGCGGCGGGCGCGAGCGACGAGCAGGUCAGGGCAUUGUGGUCUGAGGUGGUGAUGGAUAUUGGAUUGCUGCUCUCAGAGGAACAGGUCGAAGCGGUGUUCAAGGACAGUGUGAAGGCCGGACAUAAUAGGAGGGAGAGCUUGUUAGAUCUGGACAUGGAGAGGGAUGAUGAGGAGAGACAUAAGAUCGCGCAAUUUGUGGAGGAAAUUGACGAGAGGUUGGGCAGGUUGAACAAGAUCGAGAGGGAGCGAGAGCAAACCCUCAAGGACCUGAAGGACAAGAUUCAAGCCGACGAUGUCUCGCACCUUCUGCUCUUGAAUCGCCGCAAUCCCAACGUCGAGCCUACACUUUUCGCUACUGAGCUAGAGAAGUUCCGCCCAUAUCAGCAACGACUAGGCCAAUCCGUUCAUCAGCAACAGCUCGCUUUACAGGAAGUCACCACCCUGUGGAAGGGACUGAAGGACCUCGCUGGCAGAGGUGAUGGUGCCAGGAAAUGGGACGAACGGGAGCGAAGGAAGAAGGAAGCCGUACGAAGAUUCUCCCGUGCUCGAGACGGAUACAUGGAAGUUCGAGACGGACUGGCCAAGGGACUACAAUUCUACUCUGAGCUUUCUUCGCUCUCUUCAGCUCUCCAGCAGAAUGUGCGCGAAUUCGUGACGUCCCGUAACCGCGAACGUGAAAACAUCGCCUCUCAAGCAGCAACACAGCAACGUCUCUCUUCGCCAUCUACACCCGUCUCCCCACCUCCCAAACCUCCACUCCCUCCUUCUGCCCGCGCAGGUUUAGAGACCUCUUUUGCCUCCCUUAGUAUGAACGGAAACGGGACUCCAACCAGAGGAACACCCGCACUUCCACCUCCUCCCCCUCCUUCGUGGUCCACCGCCACGCCACCGCCACCGUCAGCGUAUGGAAGUGCGCCACCGCCACCUCAGAAUUACUCGGCUCCUCCUCCCUCUCAAUCACAGCAGCAACGAUCAUCAAUGUACGGCGGGGGUCUCCCUCCGCCGCCACCUCCUCCAGGUCAAUCUCCCCACUCGUACUCAUCUUCGCCCCCGCCAACACAUGAUCCCUACGCCAGUCUAGGCUCUCUCUCAUCAUUCGCGACGGCGCCAAGUAAUGCCUCGUCACCAUAUUCCGCACCCCGACCUCCUCCGCCUCAACAACCAAUCCGUCAGGGGUCAUACCCGCCUCCACCAUCUGCUCAAUCACCGUACCAGCAACCACAGUCAUAUCAGCAGCAGCAGGCUCCGGCCAGGCAAGGGAGCGGUAUGUUACCGCCCCCACCACCACCGGUCAAUUAUCAAUCACAACAGCCUCAGUAUGGCGGGACGCCACAACCACCUCAGCAGUAUCAGCAGGGCGGAUAUCAGAACCAGGGACAGUAUGCGACGCCACCGCCGCCACAGCAGCAACAGCAACAGCAGUAUCAGGGGUAUUGGAAGUGA